GCGAGAUCUCUGAGUGGGUGGCUGCCAAAGCUUAGUAGCGGACAGGUACGAGAAAAUGAGCAUCACUCAUUCGCAUCGAUUCACUUAUUCUCUUGCCCUGCAUGCAUGUGGGUUGUGAUUGCUUUGCAGGUUGGAGCACCCGUUGGGACAGCAUGGCGUUGACGAAGCCGAAAGCCGUGUUCAUCGUCGAUGGGUCCUACAUACAGGCGCGAAUUCGCUCACACACAUGCAGCAGGAAACGGCCGAAUGGCGAGUGUACGUGUGAUUUGUUUGUUGUCUUGUUGGUGUGUUCAGGACAGCUUCAAGGCGAGGCGGGGGUCCGACAUGAGUGGUGACGUGUGCCUCAAAAUGCUCGAGUAUGCGGCGGCCACGCUGGGAGUGGACAACGUCCAGACGUACUUUGUCGACGGAGAUCCUGACAAAUGGUGACACUUACAGACACAGAGCGCUUUACGCCAUACAGCUCUCCUGGCUGUGCUUCCUGUAGGUACUCGAAGGUGGCUCGCGGCAGGACCGCAGAUCUGAUUCAGAAGAAGAACAAGCGCAUCGUCCUCCACGACCACUUGCGUCACCAGCGGUGCAUCAGCUCGCGAGUCACCGUGGAGCUGUGCGAUUUCAAGAAGCAGAGCGUGGGCUACAACGAGAGAGGAGAAAGGCUCCAAGGUGAAAGGGACGACCGUCAGGGUGUGGGUGUGUGACGUACAAUCUCUGUGUCUGUCUGUCUGUCUGUCUGUCAGGUUGGGUUCAGGGUGGCGACGUCAUGAUAGUUCGCAGGAUGCUCAAAACGGCAUUUGGUAAGUCGGCGAAGCAAGGCCAUGACGACGGAGAAUGACUCGCAUGUGUCGUUGGCCGCAUCAGAGAACUCGCGCAUCGGUGCAAGGGAGUCCGCAGCGUCUUCAUCAGCCGAGUGCAGUGACGGAAUCACAACAAUCGUCCUGUAAGUACACAAACGGGGCAAGAGAGAGAGAGGGACAACAUGACACACAUCGGUUGAUGCAUUGCUUCAGGGUUGCGGGUGACAAGGACUUCUCGGACAUCAUCGACGACUGCCGCCAGCUGGGGCUCAAGGUGGCCAUCUGCGGAUAUGAACAUAACAUGGCGUAAGACACACACAUGCAGACACACUCGGCGAGUGGCACACCAACUCUUUCCCACUCUCCCUUUCCGUGUGUGUGUAUGUAUGUGUGUGUGUGUGUGUGUGUGUGUGUGUGCAGGGGUGAGUUGAAGGAAAAGCCCAAUGAGAUUCGCAUCAUCUAUUUGGACCAGUGGCCCGCCGACAGCAGCGAAGGCGCGAGGCAGCGCAAAGCCAGUAGCCCUUCCACCCGAUUGCAGCCCAGACCCACGCCUCAGGUACGCUCAUUCAUAUGAGCCAGCAGCCAGACACACGUGAGGCCCUCUGCCCCGUUUGUGUCGAUGUGCAGCCUUCGUUUGAGCACGGCGGCCCCUUUGCCAACCGGCGGCAAGCGCCGCCAGCUGGUAGGCCCAGCUGCCAGCCGUACAAAUGUGUGUAUGUGGAUGGCUAUGUGUGUACAUACAUAAUAGGUGGCGACGGCUCGUUUAGUGGUGUGGCUGCUGCUGCUGUGUGGAAGUCAUCGAAGGACGUCCUCGAUCGCAUAUUCCCUCAGUGGCUGGGGCGCGCCACAGAGCUGAAGGUGCUCUACCGGUAAGUCGGUGACACACACCUGCAGUGGUGCAGGUUGCAUGGCGUGUGUCUGUGCCUUCGCGCUUGUGAUGUCUAUCAGGUCUAGUCACCACGGUGUUACGUAUGGUGACCUGCUCGACCGUGUGGGCGCCGAGAAGCCGCUGGCGGUCAUCAUCCACAAGGACCAAUACCACUUUGGCGUGUACAUCAAGGGCGGCCUCCAGCUGCCCGACGACCCAAGCAAGAGCCGCACAACAGAAUGUCGUGUAUGGUAUUUCUCGCUGACCGACCACUUCGGCCAGCCGACCAAGAUCGACAUCGACCCACGUCUGCAGUUCGUGGAGGUGGCGGGGAGGGAGGGGUCUGUGAAUAGUGGGUGUGUGUCAAUCGGUGGGCGUCUGCAGCUGGGUGUCGCCCAUUGUGGGCGGCCUGCUGGGGACCUUUUCAGCUGCUGCCAGCUUACCCCCAGCUGUUAUGUGCCUGCGGGCUACAUGGGGCUGACGAAUAGCAGGGGCGAUGCUCUGCUGGGUGGGUCGGAGCUGUUCCAUGCGGAUGCGAUAGAGGUGUUCCAUGUGGGGCAGUGAGUGAGUGAGGCGGUGGGGAGUGGGAUUGCUGUUAGUUGGUGUGUGCAUAGGUCGGUCCAUCUGCCUAGGUGUGUUGACAGAAUGCGGCUGUGUGAGGGGGGACCCACGUGAAUGUAUGUGCAAUAGUGACAGGACCGUGCGGAUGAACGAUCAAUCAAU